UAUAUGGCAUCAAUUCAAUCUUUAACUUCCUCCUCAACACAACAACAACGUGAAUGUUUAUAUAAAGUGCUUGUAAUUGGGGAUAUGGGAACAGGCAAAACUUCAUUAAUUCAAAGAUAUAUUCACGACUCAUUUCCAUCUUUAUAUAAACCGACAAUUGGCGUUGAUUUUGCUACAAAACUUAUUCAAUAUGAAGAUACUUUGAUUAGACUUCAAUUUUGGGAUAUUUCUGGUCAGGAAAGGUUUGCCAAUAUGACUCGAGUCUAUUACAGAGAUUCACAUGGAGCAUUUAUUGUCUAUGACUGCAGUAGUAAGCGAAAAGAUGAAACAUUUUCUGGGGUAAAUUUUUAA